UAAAACGUCAAACUUCUUCUUCUUGCAUCGCGGUGUCGGUGUUCCUCUUCUUCAAAGUUGGUCCAAAAGUCAGAAAAGAGUUUGUCAAAAGUUAUAUCAUCGUCUGGUUGCAACCUUCCUGUGCAAUUUUUGACUUCCUCGGUGAUAUCGUAGGCAAUCGAAAGGCCGACACGAUGGCUGCAAGGAAAUGGUUUUCGUCCUUUUUCCCAACGGUAAAGGCCCAGGAGGAGGAAGAUAUUGUUGAUCCGCAAACGGUGCUGCGGGAAAAGUGCGCGCAGCAGGGACACACUAGCCAACUGUGGGAAAAAUACCAGGCAUGCAAUGAUCGUGUCGGUAGCCGUUCCCAAACGGCGGAGACAUGCGUCGAAGAGCUGUUCGAUUACCUGCACGAAUUGGAUCACUGCGUUUCAAAGACCCUGUUUUCGAAGCUGAAGUGAGGCGCUUACACUAAUGAAGUAAAAUUUUCUAGACGUGGUGUUAAGCACAUUUUCGGGGGUGUCUGCCGUUCGUGUAGUGAAUGGUACACACUUGAAAUAGUGCGCUGAUGCAAGGAUACAAGCAACCGGAACAUCCUAAGUGAUUGCUUCGUUAUCAACUGCUCUAAUUUAGUUAUGCAUCGGGAAAUCGCAUGCAUACAAACAAUGCCUCGUCGAAAUGUUAAUAUUCGAAAAGGGAAUAGUAAAUAAAAUUGAGUUUUAAAAACUAA